AUGAAAUCAUUUUUAGAAAUUACAGGAGAAAAUGGUGAUACACCAACAACAAGUUAUUUAUUUUCAGAUUCUGAUAGAUAUUUUUUUGAUUGUGGUGAUGGAUUUCAAAGAUUCAUUAAAGGAAGGUCAAAUAUAACAUUUGGUAAAAUUAAAUCAAUAUUCAUAACAUCAUUAUCAUGGGAUUGUAUUGGUGGGUUAAUUGGUCUAUUCUUAACUAUGGCAGAAUUGAAUAUUAAAGUUCGUUUAUAUGGUCCAAAAGGUUUACAUAAAUUAUUUACAUCAUCAAGAGAAUUUCAAUAUCAAUUGAAUGUAGAAAUUUAUGAAGUUGAUUCAACAAUAAUUCAAACUAUUAAAGAUGAUUCAUUUACAUUUUAUACAUUACCAAUUACUAAUAAAAACAAUAAAGAUGAUGAUAAUGAUGAAAUUAAAUCGAUUAUUGAUGAAAGUAAAACUCCAACUUUAGCAUAUUAUGGUAGAAAUCCACAACCUAUACCAACAACUAUUGAGAAUGAUUAUGAAUAUGAAGAAAGUUCAAUAGUUUGUUAUAUUGGUAUGACAAAAGAUUUUAAAGGUAAAUUCUAUCCAGAGAAAGCUGUAGCAUUAGGUGUACCAAAAGGUAUUUCAUUUAAACAUUUACAAGAUGGCAAAUCUGUGACAAAUAAAGAUGGAGUUACAAUUACACCUGAUCAAGUUAUGGAUAAAUCGAUUAAAGGUACAAAAUUUGCAAUCAUUAGAUGUCCAUCAAUUGAAUAUUUACCAAGUUUAAAAUCACAUCUUUCAAUGUUUACAGAUAUUCAUAUUGUAAAUCAUAUAGUUCCAAAUGAAGUUUUAUCAAAUUUAAAUUAUAUUAAAUUUAUGGAAGAUAUUAAUCAACAAUCAACAGCAGCAGCAAUUAAUACAAAACAUAUUAUUGUAAAUAAUGAAAAUUGUGAAAGGGUUUCAGGUUGUCAAUCAUCUGAUAAUCAAAUUUUAAAACUUCAAAAAUUUAUACCAUCAUUAUUUCCAAUGAAACAACAAUCUAGUGAACAUGAUAGUUUAGUUAAAUCAAUUGAAUUUUUAAAUGAUUCAAAAAUAUUAAAAGAUCAAAUUAAUGUUUUCCCAUGUAAAGAAACUACAAAUUUAAUAUUAGGUCCACCACAAAAUGCAGGUGAUAUUGAAUUUUUACCAUUAAAUAAUAAUAAUAAUGGCGAAGGUGGUGUUGAUUCAAAUGAAAAUGAAGGUUCUUCUGAUAAUAAAUCAAUGGAAGAAUUUAUAAAUACAGAACAAGGUCAAUUAUUUAAAAAACAAUUAGAUCAACAAGUUGAACAAUUAGAAUCAAAUCCAAAUAAAUGUUGUCAUCCAAAAAUAUUAUUCACAGGUACAGGUUCAGCAAUACCAAGUAAAUAUAGAAAUGUUACAGGUAAUUUCAUAACAUUGGCAGAUGAUCAAAAUAUUCUAUUAGAUGCAGGUGAAGGUACAUUUGGUCAAUUGUAUCGUUUCUUUGGUCCAAUUGAAGUGAAAAAGCAAUUAAUUAAUUUGAAAAUGAUUUGGUUAUCACAUUUACAUGCUGAUCAUCAUUUAGGUAUACCAAAUAUUUGUGAAAAAAGACAACAAUAUGCUCAAGAAUUAGGUUUAAAAGAUAAUGAAUUAGAGCCAUUAAUUAUAAUUGGACCAGAGGCAUUGAUUCAAUGGGUUAAUGAAUUAUCAGUUAUUGUAAAUUUAAAAUUCAUUGGUAUUGCUAUCAAUGGUAAUCAUUCAAAUCAAUUGGUACAAACUUGUAAGAAAUUAAAUAUUAAAUCAUUUUCAAUGGUACCUGUAAUUCAUUGUAAUUAUGCUUUUGGUUUAGUUAUUGAAUGGAAUGAUGGAUUCAAAUUAACUUAUUCAGGUGAUACUCGUCCUUGUAAAUUCCUAUCUGAAAUGGGUAAAGAUUCAUGUGUACAAAUUCAUGAAGCAACUUUUGAAGAUGAAAAACAAAUGGAUGCUGUCUCAAAAAGACAUUCAACUGUUGGUGAAGCUUUAGAAGUUGGUAGAUUAAUGAAUUGUAAAUUCUCUUUAUUAACUCAUUUUAGUCAACGUUAUCCAAAUUUAAAAAUGGGUACAUAUAAAGAUACAAAUUAUGGUUUGGCAAUUGAUUUACUUCAAAUUUCACCUUAUCAAUAUCCAUUAGUUUAUAAAAUGAUUGAACCAUUUUCUUUAUUAUUUGAAAAUGAAGCUCAAAAGAAAUUAGAUAAAAAAUCAACUCAACCAACAACAACAAGUAAAUCAAAAUCUACAAAAACAGAAGAUGAAAAUAAUACAAUUGAAAAAGAUGCUAAAAGAUUAGAGAAAUAUCAAAAUAAAUAUAAAGAUGAAGUAAUAUUACCAGCUUAUGUAUAUAAUAUUGAUUCAAAUUCUUUAACUUUAAUAGAAAAUACAUUUGAUGAUUUAUCAAGUCAACCUCAAUUUGAAGAUGAUUAA